AUGUCGCGGCAGGUCCACCAGCUGAUCCUGGAAGUGCUCAAGUCGCGGCCACCGACGCGCGAUGUCAAGUCGUACCUAAAUACGUUUGGGCGCCGCGCAAAGCCCGUGCGCCCCGACUUUUUCUCGCGGAGCGAUCCGCGGCCCAAGCCCCUUUCUUCGCCGGGGGCUCGCGCUGCUGCACCGGUACCAGGGGCGCCAGUCUCGGUGCGCAAUGCGGUGGAAGAGUCGGAGCAUGCAGGAAAUCUCACGCAGGAUGCUACCAUCGUUGCGGAUCGCGUCGCAGAAGACCACGAAGUCUAUUCGCUAGCCGAGUCACACACUGCCUUGGUCAAGCUGCAAGGGCCGUUUACCGACCGGCAGCUGUUGUCGAUUGCCGAGGGACUUGCGUAUCUCAAGCGCCUCGGGCUCAUGUGCGUCGUCGUGCUGGACCACGGCGGAUGGCAGAGCCUCUCGCGGUACAAUGCGGAUGGGACGCAGGUCGAGACGGACACGAACGAGCUCGCGCCGUGGCUCGGCACGACACACGACCACCACGCCCUGGCAUUUGGAUCGGAAGAGGCGGGGCAGCGCAACAAUAUGGUCAAAGAGCUGUGGCAGGUCGCCAACGCUUUUACGAGUGCCGGCGUCGAUCCACGUCCUUAUGGCCACGCAGUGAUGCGCAUCGCGCCACUCGCAGACCUCCCUGCCUCGCUGCACGAUGCCGAAGGAGGGAAUCGCGCCGAAGAAAGCCGCGCGCCGCUUGCCGCUGACUGCUCGCUCCAGAGCGUGUUUCGGUCGCUGGACAGCGGCCAGAUGCCCAUCUUGAUACCCCUGGCCUUGUACGACGACCGCGCGCGGACCGACUGCAAAGAGCCGAGCGCAUUACGAACGGUAUGUGUAAAUGCCGACGAUGUCAUGGUCGCCUUGGCGCGCGAAAUGGCCGACGCUGGCGAGCGCAAUGCAGAGGCUUGUGCGGAUGGUGCCGUGUCUGAGCCGGGCCACGCCACCGUCCUCACUCCCUUGCGGCUCAUGGUCAUCAGCCGCGAAGGCGGCAUUCCGUCGCAUGCACGCGGCGGCAAUCCGCACCUCUCCGUGAAUCUCCGGUCAGAGUACGAUGCGAUCCGCUCGUCUUUUGUUUGGAACGAUACCCAUCCCACGGCGUUGCCGAAUCUCGACAUGAUCCGUGACUGUCUCGCGUAUAUGCCGCCUACAUCGAGCGGCGUGAUGGUCACGCACCGCUCGCCUCGCAGCCUCAUUGCCAAUUUGAUUACCAACAAGGCGGCGCAUUCGCCGAGUCUCCCCCAGCGCCUGCUCGCACGUCGCCAGGAUGUGCGCCAUACCCCCACGAUCCUGCGCAGCGGUCUCCCAGUGCGUGUCCUGACCGACUGGGCGGAUGUUGACCAGGACAAACUGCAGGCGCUGCUCGAGCAGAGUUUUCGACGCUCGCUCAAUCGCGAGGCGUACUUUGGUCGGCUUGCCGCCCUGCUCGACUUUGUCAUUAUCACGGGCGACUACGACGGCUUGGCGAUUGUCACCAAAGAGUGCGCUCCUGGCGAGGAUCCUCACAAGGUCGAGCCGAUUGCGUACCUCGACAAGUUUGCGGUGCUGCCCAAGCUACAAGGCAGCGGUGCCGUGGACUUUUUGUGGGGCGCGCUGCGUGACGAAGUGCACGGCCUUGGCCUCCUCGACGCGCUGAACAACAACGGUGGAAAGAAUGGAUUUGGCGUCGGCCGCGACCUCGUGUGGAAGAGCCGCGCAUCGAAUCCGGUGAAUCGGUGGUACUUUGAGCGGAGUAAUGGCUUUGUGCGCCUCCCGCCGUCGUUUGGUAUCAAGCCUGGAGCGCCCGCGCCCCCUGCCUCAGAAUGGGCUAUGUUUUGGUGCGAUGCCGAACAGCGUCUUGCUGAGCUCGCUGGGCGCAACGUGCUGACGUCUGCCUCGUCGCUUGACGAAGUGCGUGACUCGGCCAAGGCGCACAUUGCACCGCCCAUGACCCCCCUGUCGUCGGCACGCAUGCCCUCGGAUACCAUCCUGCCGAUCGUGGCGCGCGAAGAGUGCGGCCGGCUCGAACGGUGGGCAAAAUGUCUUGCUACGAUUCCCUCUGCAUGGAACUAG